AUGGGAAAGGUUCACGGAUCAUUGGCUCGUGCCGGAAAGGUCAAGUCUCAGACUCCCAAGGUCGAGAAGCAGGAGAAGCCCAAGCAGCCCAAGGGUCGCGCUAACAAGCGAAACCUGUACAACCGCCGAUUCGUCAACGUCGUCGUUGGACCCGGUGGCAAGCGUCGUGCCAACGCUCAAGGCGUUGUAUGCUCGCCAUGA